GUUACUUCACCAAUUUCUUAAUUGUUUGUUGUGAAGCACAAAAUUUAUCAUUGUAUAACUCUGCCUCAUGUUAACUAUGAUCUUCCUUAACAUGCAUUGUUCCGUAUGGUAUAAUCUUUGACUUUUCAUACUGCACUCGUUAGCUAGUAAUAUUGGCUGUUUAUGGUUUACUUUCUCCCCUUUCAAGUUCAGCUGACAUGAAGUGUUUGAUUUAAAAACUGAUAUGGUGCAGAAACAUCUGCAAUGAUUAUUUUGUUCAUUUUCUUAAAACUUGCAGAAUCAACAAACAUGGCUAAUUUUGAAAAAACUGGGGAGCCUAGUCCAUCCGAAACACAUGCAAAACAUAACGAACAUUCUAGGUCUGGGAAGGUUGUAUCAAGGACACGAAGUGCAUCAGUUUCUAUUCCUGUAAUCUCCAUGGAGUCAUAUGAGAGAGAAAUUAGUCUUGUGGGUCAUACUGGUCGACUUCCUAGUGUAAGAAUACCAUCCUUAAUGCAUAUGAGUGGGCCACUAUAUGUUCCCAAUGGAACUGAAAAUCCUUUGAAGCACACUAUAGUUGUGGAAGGAAACAAAGUAGUGGAGAGCAAGACAGAAAAAUUUUGUAAUCUUAGUGAGAAAGAUGAAAAUCAUUGCAAUAACAACUAUGAUACAAAGAAUGAACACUUGGUGAGGUCUAGGCUACUCGGAACAUGUAAUGAUCCUUAUUGUACUACUUGCCCAACUUACUUCAAGACCUCUAUGCAAAGACUUCCAAAUGAUUCCACUGUGUUUGAUCCCCAGUUUCACUUCCACAGUGCUCUUUAUGGGGAUGCCAAGGGUUUUGGUGGAAAAGUUCUCUCUUUCUGUUCUUCAUGUGUUCCUGGAGUUAUGAAUCCUCACUCAAAAGUUGUACAACAAUGGAACAAGCUUUUGGCCAUUUUUUGCAUGGGAGCAAUUUUUGUGGAUCCGUUAUUUUUGUUUUUAAUCUAUGUACAGAAGGAUGAUAAAUGUAUAGCUAUCGACUGGGAUACGAGAAAAAUACUUGUUUUUCUUAGAACAGUGAAUGAUACUGUGUAUUUCUUGAACAUUCUUCUCCAGUUUAGGCUGGCCUAUGUUUCCCCAGAGUCAAGGGUGGUUGGUGCUGGAGAUUUAGUUGAUCAUCCCAAGAAAAUUGCACUUCAUUACCUUAAGGGUUAUUUUCUUUUUGACUUGUUUGUUGUAUUUCCUCUUCCUCAGAUAAUGAUGUUUUUUGUCCUACCAACCCGCUUGGGGGCAUCAGGAGCAAACUAUGCAAAGAAUCUUCUGCGUGCAGCGAUCCUUGUGCAGUAUAUUCCCAGAUUAUUCAGGAUCCUGCCUCUGCUAAUUGGACAAUCUGAAACAGGAUUUAUAUUUGAAUCAGCUUGGGCAAACUUCAUCAUAAAUCUUCUCAUUUUCAUGCUUGCUAGCCAUAUUGUUGGCUCUUGCUGGUAUCUCUUCGGUCUACAGAGGGUUAAUCAAUGCUUGCGAGAUGUCUGCGGAAAGUCUCGUAUUGAUAGAUGCACGACAAUCAUUGAUUGUGGAAGACGAGGUUAUAUCAGAAACAACUAUUCCGACCAAGCAUCAGCUUUAUGGAACAAUAACACAGACGCCAUUGCUUGUUUGAAUUCCUCACCCGGCGGUUUCCAAUAUGGGAUCUAUGUCAAUGUUGUACCUCUUACCACGGAAACUAGUUUGAUUAACAAAUAUAUUUAUUCUCUUUUUUGGGGGUUCCAGCAAAUUAGUACUCUCGCUGGUAGUUUAACCCCAAGCAGGUUUUGGGGAGAAGUCCUUUUUACAAUGGCCAUUAUAGGAUUGGGACUCUUGCUUUUUGCAGUUCUGAUUGGAAACAUACAUAACUUUCUUCAAGGUCUUGGAAGAAGAAGGCUAGAAAUGCAACUCAGAGGCCGCGAUGUUGAGCAAUGGAUGAGGCAUCGUCGUUUACCAGAAGAUCUAAGAAAGAAAGUACGAAGCGCUGAACGGUAUAAUUGGGCUGCAACAAAAGGGGUGAAUGAAGAAAUGAUUCUUGAGAAUUUGCCCGAAGAUCUCCAGAGAGACAUAAGACGUCAUCUCUUCAAAUUUGUUAAGAAAGUCCGAAUUUUCACUCUGAUGGAUGAACCUAUCUUGGAUGCCGUCUGUGAGAGACUGAGACAGAAGACAUACAUAAAAGGAAGUUUAAUUUUGACCCAAGGUUGUCUAAUUGAGAAGAUGAUCUUUAUUGUGCGCGGAAAAUUGGAGAGCAUUGGAGAAGACGGAGUUGGAGUUCCCUUGUCUGAAGGAGAUGCUUGUGGUGAAGAACUUCUGACAUGGUAUCUUGAACAUUCUUCUUCUGUAAGCACAGAUGGUAAAAAAGUAAGGCUUCCAGGGCAGAGGUGGCUUAGCAACAGGACAGUAAAGUGCCUAACAAAUGUGGAGGCAUUUUCAAUCCGAGCUGAAGAUCUUGAAGAAGUCACAAGCCGGUUCAUGAGAUUCUUGCGGAAUCUUCGGGUUCAAGGAUCUCUAAGGUAUGAAUCACCUUACUGGCGAUCAUUGGCAGCAACUCGAAUUCAGGUGGCAUGGAGAUACUGGAAGAAAUGUAGAAGUAAUUCUAUGACCUCACAAUAAGAUCAACCAAUGAAUUUGUAGAAUAUUCACCGUUCUACCUACUGUUACCUCCAUCCGAACAUGGCAAUUUUUCGAGAAAUAUGUUUGUCUUUUUUGUUAGACUUUUUUCAAAUUUUCUCUUAUGAUAAUAUUUUUUU